AUGGGAGUAAUGUUUAGUAAAAUAUUACAAAAAUUAUGGGGAGAAAAAGAAGUUAGAAUAUUGAUAUUAGGUUUAGAUGGUGCUGAUGCAGUUAUAUAUGUGGUUGAUUCGGGGGAUCGUGACCGUAUAGGAACAUCGAGAGAAGAAUUGCAUGCAAUGCUUGACGAAGAAGAGUUACGUGAUGCAGCAUUGUUAGUGUUUGCCAAUAAACAAGAUAUAGACAAUCCGAUGUCCGCAGCAGAUGUUACAAAUGCUUUAGGAUUAGGCUCACUAAGGAAUCGACAAUGGAGUAUCUAUACAACAAGUGCCAUAAAAAACGAAGGGUUAGAAGGACUAAAGACAGGAUUAGAUUGGUAA